GCUGGCAGCCACGAUGGUUUAUUCUUGACUAUGGUGUAAUGUCUUAUUACAGAUCUCAAGAUGAUGUUCAUUUAGGAUCUCGUGGAGCAGUGAAAAUGUCAUGCUGUGAGAUACUCAUAAAUGCUUCUGACCAACUUCGAAUAGAUCUAAAAAUUCCACCAGAGAAUUUUAUUUAUUUAAAGGCUUCUACACCAGCAGAAAGACAGAAAUGGAUUGUUGCAUUAGGAACUGCAAAAGCAUGUAUUAUUAGUUCUAAUUUGGAAGAACAAAACCAACAAACCCAUUCAAUGACUUUUUUGAAAGACAAGAUGAAAGAGCUAUUAUUGUGCCGAGGUAUUAUGCUUGAGCAAAUUGGCACAAUUAAAGCUAGUAGUCACACUACUGAAAAUAAAAAAAUUAUUGAAGCUGUGACAUUAUUAUCAGCAACAUGUGACACAUUUGCAUCAAACUUGGAUGAUAUCAUGGAAAUAGUUGAAGAUAAUUUAAAUUUGUUUUCGGAUUAUCCUAUUUCAACCACUAAACUCACCAAGCCCUCUAAAGAACUGGUUAACAGUUACAGAUCUCUACGCUCUUCUUCUAGUUUAUCUUCCAACUCAGGCUCUUAUGCAGAAUCAGGAUCACAUUCUUCAAAAGUAUCUUUGGUAUCUUAUCCCAAAGCACAAGACUCUAAUAGUUAUUUUGAACCGCUCUUGCCUAAUGAUUCAUCAUUUAAUGUUGACACUGCUCAUUACAACACACCUGAUGACCCAGAUAGAAAUUUAAAUCUAACAGAUUCAUCUGUUUCAUCUGCUUCAUCUUGUACCAGCUCUGUUAAAUCCGAUAUACCUAAUGCUUUAUUGAAAAAUGAUGUUACAACACCAGAAAGUGAUCAAGUACCCAUAGUUCCGCUACCAAUUGCAAGGAAAUCAAUAUUUGGAAAAGCACCUGCGAAGUUUGAAGAUGUUCAAAUUGGACACCAUGGUCUCAUACCUACAAAAUCAUUUCUCGAAGCAUGCAGAUGUAUUCUUCCAGUUUUUGAUAAGUUGGGCGCAACAACAUUUGCUCCUGUUAAAAUGGAUAUUCAAGGAAAUAUAAAGAAAAUAGACGCAAAAUAUUAUACUGAUACUGCAGCAUUUGAGUAUUUGCAGAACAUUGUUUUCCAAGAAAUUAAUAGCAACGAACAUAAUGCACGAAAUUCUGCAACUGAUGCCUUACUCUGGUUAAAAAGAGCUUUGGAAUUUGUCUGUAUUUUUCUUGCUGAAGUAUUACAUGGUGAAAGAGAUUUGGUAGCAGCAGCAGGGACUGCAUACUCUAAAUCAUUAAAAAAAUAUCAUGGAUGGAUGGUUAGAGGAGUUUUUGCUUUGGCAUUAAAAGCAUGUCCAUAUUAUGAUGAUUUCAUUGCAUCGUUAUCAACAAAUGAUGAAGUAUCUACAAAGGAAGAGGUUUUACAAGAAAUGUCGCAUUGUGUUGAAGCUCUUACUAGGAUUGUCUCUAAACUCAAUCAUUACUACAAAAAAAAUAAACUGGAUAUUGACAUCAUUGUAUAAGAAUUCAAUGACAAUCAAAGUUUCAAGAAAUGUCAAAAAAUGUUGUAAUAUGUUUGCUAAGAUACGUAUGCUGCAAUAAGUUGUUGAAAUGUAUGUUGUAAAAAGAUAUGUAUGUUGCGAUAAGUUGAUGAAAAGACACACACAGCAUGUGUGCAAGUUGAAUAAUGUAGUAAUACUAAAAAAAUAUUAGAUAACUUGUUAUAAUAAAAAUUUUAUUUGUAAUUGUAGUACUUUCAAUUUUAAAUUUUUAUUGUACUAAGUUUUUUGAUAUUAUUAUGCUUGUGUGCUUGCAUAAGUUUUACGUAUGUAAGCAUUGUAUAUGCUUACAUACUUGUUUGUAUGCUUGCUUAAGAUAAUGUUAAAAGUAUGGAUUUAUAUUUAUUA